AUAAUGGAGGAGGCGGUGGAGGAGAAACGAAGUUUCCAUGUCUCCUUCCCACUAAAUUUGGCUUUCCUCGCAGCGACGCGCUAACGACCGCCUUCAUCGAACCCUAACCCUAGACCCCAAAUCCCGCGGACCUGUUGGACAGAUCUCGAUCCACCUCCUUCGAUGGCGUCCCCGCCAUCGCUGUUCCUCCUCCUCUUCCUCCUCCUCCCCAUCGGUCCCGCCGUCGCCGGCUGCACGGAGAACACCUCCUUUGCCGGCUUCGAGGCGGACCUCGCCAUGGUCCAGCACCAGGUCCGCGGCGUCGUCCGGAUCGUCGACGGCUGCUCCUUCUCCGUCCGGGGAUUCGACAUGCUCGCCGGCUCCGACCAGGUCCGGUGGUUUGGCGCUGCCGGCGACGACCUCCACAACCUGACAAUGGGAUCCCGGAUCUCCGACCUGCCCCUCAACCGCACCUUCCGCAACGAGUCGCUCACUAUCCGGCUGUCCGACAACGCCUCUUGGGACCAGAUCGCCGUCCUCGCCAUCUGGGAUGAGGCCACCGCCUCCGAUUUCGGCCACGUCCUCCUCCGGAAUGCCGGCGACAAUGAGACUGAGCCUACCGUGGCCCCGAGUCCCGAUCUCUCCCCAGCCCCUUCGCCGGCUUCUGAUUCUUUGGUCGAGCACAAGAGCAAGAGCCAGAUCCACCGCCAGCCGACCAUGUUCACCAACUGCUUUGCCCUAUCUUCGCGAUUUCGACUUCGGUGGACGCUGGACCCUGAAUCUGAUUCUGUCGAUAUCGGCCUUGAAGCAACGGUGGGAUCGGAGUACUAUAUGGCCUUUGGGUGGACGACGCCUGGUUCGUCGUCGCAUAUGCUCAAUGCAGAUGUGACUGUCACCGGGUUCACAGAAGAAGGUAAUCCCUUUUCCGAUGACUAUUUCAUUACUGGAUACAGUGAAUGCCUUCUCAACAAGGACGGCAAGGUCGAAGGUGUGUGUCCUGAUACAAUCUACGAGGGUUCAGAUCCAGUUGGACUGGUCAACAAUACCAAAUUGGUCUAUGGUCAUCGGAGAGAUGGAGUGGCAUUUGUCCGGUACGAGCGUCCAUUAGUGUCCAUUGAUAAGAAGUAUGAUGUGCCGGUGAACGUGACACAGAACAUGACAGUGAUCUGGGCGUUGGGUCUGCUGAAGCCCCCUGAUUCGAUUCGGCCUUACUACCUUCCUCAGAAUCAUGGGAAACCACGAGAAACAGCUUAUAAUUACCUCAGCCUCAAUUUGUCGAAGGAGGUGGACAAUUGCUUUGGGCCACUGGAUGCUGAAGAUAAGGAGGAUCAGGAUAUUAUAAUUGCAGAUGCAAAGACGCCACUGGUUGUUACCUCAGGGCCUGCAUUGCAUUACCCCAACCCUCCAAAUCCCACAAAGGUUCUUUAUAUCAACAAGAAAGAAGCACCCUUGCUGAGAGCUGAAAGAGGUGUGCCAGUAACCUUCUCAAUCCAAGCUGGGCAUGAUGUGGCACUUUACCUCACCUCUGAUCCCAUCGGUGGGAAUGCAACAUUGCGGAACAUGACAGAGGUAAUGUAUGCUGGUGGACCAGAGUUUGAAGGUGUCCCAGCUAGCCCGACAGAGUUGACAUGGUUGCCUGAUCGGAAUACACCAGAUCAACUUUACUACCACUCCUUGUUCGGGCAGAAAAUGGGCUGGAAAGUGCAGGUUGUUGAUGGUGGUCUUUCAGACAUGUAUAAUAACAGUGUUCUCUUGGAUGAUCAACAGGUUUCCUUUUUUUGGACUUUAUCUGAAGAUUCGAUAUCUAUUGCGGCUCGAGGUGAGAAGAAAAGUGGAUAUCUUGCAAUUGGAUUUGGAAGUGGAAUGAUAGACAGCUAUGCAUAUGUCGGUUGGAUAGACAACAAUGGGAAAGGUCAUGUGAACACUUACUGGAUCGACAGCAAGGACGCAAUGAAUGUGCAUCCGGUUUCUGAAAAUUUGACCUUUGUUAGAUGUGGACAAGAAAAUGGAAUAAUAACAUUUGAAUUUACUCGUCCUCUGUCACCCUCCUGUAGUGGAAAGAUAGAGUGUAAGAAUAUUAUUGAUCCUACGACUCCUCUCAAAGUCAUCUGGGCCAUGGGUUCUCAGUGGAUGGCAGAUAACUUAAGCGAGAGGAAUAUGCAUUCUGUCGCAAGCAACAGACCUGUUAGUGUUCUAUUGUUGAGAGGAUCAGCAGAGGCGGACCAGGAUCUGCGCCCUGUUCUUUCUGUGCAUGGAUUCAUGAUGUUUGUGGCUUGGGGAAUCUUGCUUCCUGGGGGAAUUUUGGCCGCGAGGUACUUGAGGCACAUAAAGGGUGAUGGCUGGUUCCAGUUACAUGUCUACUUGCAAUACUCUGGAAUAGCUAUCAUGUUACUUGGUGUUCUUUUUGCAGCUGCUGAACUCCGUGGGUUUUAUUUAAGUUUGGUGCAUGUGAAAUUUGGUGUUACUGCCAUACUCUUGGCAUGCGCACAGCCAUUAAAUGCAUGCGUACGUCCAAAAAGACCAGCAGAAGGAGAGAUUGCCUCUCCAAAAAGGAUAAUUUGGGAGUAUUUUCACAUUAUUGUAGGGAGGUCUGCUAUUGUAGCUGGAGUUGCUGCGCUAAUUACUGGGAUGAAGCAUUUGAGGCAUAGGUAUGGCAGUGAGAAUGUUCAAGGGCUUACUUGGGCAUUAAUAUUAUGGGUUUUGGCUUUUGCCCUUUUAGUUAUGUACUUGGAAUAUAUGGAGAUUAAGCGGAGAAGAAUACAUAGGAGCUCUUUAAAAGGCAAUUGGGUGUUGGGAAACAGUGAAGAUGAUGAUUCAGUGGAUCUGUUGCAUUCUGAAAGGACGGUUACUAAAUCAGAGUCUCAGACAUCUGGGAUAAUGGAAGUGCAGCUUGAACCUCUUAGCAGAUGAGGUACAAUUUUUUAUACAUCAAAAUAAACACAUAAAUACUUCAGCCUUGGGAUUUUUUGUCUAUGUAUAGAGAAGAUGGAGCCAUGGUGAUCGGCUUUGCCCGAGAAGAUUCUUUUGGUUUAAAGACAUUUUAUUACAGCUUCUGGUGCAGGUUAGAAAUUUUUUACGUUCUGUCUUUUAUUGCUGUUGUAUCUGCACCAUGAGAGACCAUGUCAUGUAUGUACACAGUUUUGUAAGGAUGCCAGCCCCUGAGCUAAUUCAUUUUCAUUCAGCUGGUUUCUUGUUCUCUU